UUGAAUUACUACCCGUUCAACUAUGAUUCACCAACAAUUGAACUAUUAAACUUUAAACCAGUGUCCCGAUCGGUUCGACCACAAUUCACCGACAAUUGAACUAUUAAACCUUAAACCAGUGUCACGACUGGUUCAGUGAACGGUCCAUUAUAAUAUUUUUUUUUUACAUCAUUCUAAAUUGUUGAUUCUCAUUACAUGAUAGACUUGGUAAAAAGAUAUGUACUGAAGACAUAAUAAUUAUCAUAUUUAAUCAGCUGAGGGAACAAAAUUGUUGAUAAAUUUGACUUUUAGAUGAUGAAAUAUUCUAGCUGUUGUAUUGGUCUAACAGGGGAGUAAGUUGUUUUAUUUUAGUACAUAUAUACGUAUGACCUUAGGCCAAUAGUAUAUAUACCAUGCAAAGCAGUAAAUCCACAUGUCAGCACUACAACCUACUCCAAACAAACAUAACUACUAACGACCAACAACAAACGCCAGAGGAACGAAGAACUUCUUUCAUCGAACAACUAUUCAAUCAAAUCUUCAAAAAAAAACAAAGCCAAAAUUGAUACACAAAAUCAUUGUUUACAUCUUCUGUAGUCCCUAGUCUUUGAUUAAUGGGAGAUCUGCAGAAAGCUGAAUCUUGUUCAGAUUAUGAUGGCAAGCCCAGCUUUACUCAGAUCAUCCUAGCCAUAUUUGUUGGGUUGAUAUUUGCUAUAGCCUUGCAUUAUCGCCUGAAGCAGAUAAGAGAUCAAAAGAUCAUCCCACGUGUAAGAUUAUCACGCCAAGGCCACCACACCCCAAAGCUUGAAAGGUUCUCCCAUUACGUAGCUAGGCAAAUGGGGUUCAACGAUAGGAGGAUGUGUCCUCAUCUAUGUAGAUUGGCUUCUGAAUACAUAAGGAAAUGCGAGGGAUGUGAAGAUGAUAUAUACGCCUUCUUCGAGAGGGAGCCAGAUGCGGAUUCACUCUAUGUGAAGCUGGUGGAGGAGUUUGAGAGAUGCAUUCUGAGUUACUUUGGAUUCCAUUGGAACCAUGGUGAUAUAAUGAUAAGUCAGGUGUUGAGCUCGGAACUUGAGCCAAAAAAGAAGCUCAAGCACAUAGUUAUGGCGGCAACCAGGGAACAAAGGUUCGAGAGAGUUGCCAAGAACCUGAAGGUGGCCAGUGUUUUUAACACAUUAGUGGAAGAGAUGAAAGCAAUGGGGGUUGCAGUCAAUGAUGACUCUCAGUGUACAGAGGUGAUGGCUCCUGUAGCUCACAGCGAUAGAAGCCCAGUGCUCCUCCUCAUGGGCGGAGGUAUGGGGGCUGGAAAGAGCACCGUCCUCAAGGAUAUUCUCAAUGAACCUUUCUGGGCAGGAGCAGCAGGUAAUGCCGUAGUCAUCGAGGCAGAUGCCUUCAAAGAAUCAGAUGUCAUAUAUAAGGCCCUUUGUUCAAGAGGCCAUCACGACAUGAUUCGAACAGCAGAACUGGUACAUCAAUCAUCCACAGAUGCAGCCUCAUCCCUCCUGGUAACAGCACUUAAUGAGGGACGGGAUGUAAUUAUGGACGGCACACUCUCCUGGGUACCAUUUGUUGUGCAGACAAUAACAAUGGCUAGAAAUGUCCACCGCCGCCGCUACCGCAUGGGAGUUGGUUACAGGGUAAAUGAUGAUGGAAGUGUGACUGAAAGCUAUUGGGAACGAGUUGAAGAUGAAGAACCUGAACAGGUUGGAGGCAAAAAGAGAAAACCAUAUAGGAUAGAGCUGGUUGGAGUAGUGUGUGAUGCUUACCUUGCAGUAGUUAGAGGCAUAAGGAGAGCUAUUAUGUCAAGAAGAGGAGUGAGAGUAAAGUCACAAUUGAAAUCCCACAAGAGAUUUGCUCAGGCUUUUAUGACUUACUGUAACCUUGUAGACAAUGCCCGACUAUACUGCACAAAUGCGUUAGAAGGCCCAGCCAAGUUGAUAGGAUGGAAAGAGAGAGACAGGACACUGCUCGUUGAUCCAGAUGAAAUUGCCUGUUUGAAGAGGGUUGCAAAGUUGAAUGACGACGCCAAUUCCAUUUAUGAACUUUACAAGCACCCAAAUCCAGCUUAUGAAGUUGGAUCAGUAUGGAAAGACAUUGUAUUAUCUCCUUCAAGGUUAAAUAUCCAACAGGAGCUCAAGUUUUCAAUCCAAAAAAUUGAGAGCUCGAAAUGAGAAAUCUACGGAGCACAGAUAAAAAAUUCACCUUUAGCUUUAAGUGGAUGAUGAGAUGAAAACCAUUUGAGUAGGCAAGCAAAGCAUGUUGAAUUUUUUAUAGAGAUGACUUAAUGUAUGUUUUAUCAAUGUGAUAUUGUGAUUAGCUUACAUGUAUCAACAAAUAGCAUGUACUCAGAAAGAAUCUUACAGGACAUUUCAUUUAAUCUUAAGGUAAAUAUGGAUAUAGACAAUACCGAAUUUGCUGUCAAUAUCCGAACAUAGCAUAACAGUUAUACUGAUCAAUCAAACAAGCUUCUUGGAGAAUUUCUUUUCUUUUAUGAUCAUGGAGGAAGAUUCUUCCUCCAGAAAUCAUUCACCAAACUCCUACUUAACCAAAGUGACGCUCACCAAUAGUAGAUAUGCCCCAUACAAAAAUUAUAGGGCAUAGUUUUUUCCUUCCUAAUUCCCAAAGAAAAAGUGAUAAAAUUUGAUUUAACUAUUUAAGAGUUGAACUGAAUAGAGGUCAAAUCCUCACCAAGAGUGACCAGGAAGACAA